AUGGCAUGGGUGAAAUUCUUAAGAAAACCUGGGAGUAACCUUGGAAAAGUUUAUCAACCUGGAAGUAUACUGUCCCUGGCCCCUACAAAAGGUUUAUUAAAUGAACCAGGACAAAACAGCUGCUUUCUUAAUAGUGCUGUUCAGGUAUUAUGGCAACUUGAUAUAUUUCGGCGAAGUUUAAGAGGCUUAACUGGACACGUGUGUCAGGGAGAUGCAUGCAUAUUUUGUGCUUUAAAGGCAAUAUUUUCACAAUUCCAACACAGUCGAGAAAAAGCACUCCCAUCGGAUAAUAUGAGACAUGCCCUGGCAGAAAGCUUUAAGGAUGAGCAGCGUUUUCAGCUUGGGUUCAUGGACGACGCAGCGGAAUGCUUUGAAAAUAUCCUUGAGAGGAUUCACUUUCACUUGGUGCCAAACAGUGAAACAGACAUGUGCACUUCAAAAUCCUGUAUUUCUCAUCAGAAGUUUGCUAUGACACUGUAUGAACAGUGUGUAUGUCGCAGCUGUGGAGCAUCGUCGGACCCGUUGCCUUUUACAGAAUUCGUGCGUUAUAUUUCUACCACAGCCCUGUGUAAUGAAGUAGAAAGAAUGAUGGAGAGGCAUGAACGUCUCAAGCCGGAAAUGUUUGCAGAACUACUACAAGCAGCAAAUACUGCUGAUGACUACAGAAAGUGUCCUAGUAACUGUGGUCAAAAAAUAAAAAUUCGUCGUGUUCUUAUGAAUUGUCCUGAGAUUGUCACAAUCGGUUUAGUCUGGGAUUCGGAACACUCUGACCUGACAGAAGAAGUUAUGCGGAAUCUGGCAACACAGCUCUAUCUUCCUGGGCUGUUUUAUAGGGUAACAGAUGAAAAUGCCAAAAACAGUGAACUGUUUCUUGUGGGAAUGAUUUGCUACACAAGCCGACAUUAUUGUGCCUUUGCCUUUCACACCAAGAGUUGCAAAUGGGUGCUGUUUGAUGAUGCUAAUGUAAAAGAGAUUGGAACAAAAUGGAAAGAUGUGGUCUCCAGGUGCAUUCGCUGUCACUUUCAGCCAUUGUUGUUAUUUUAUGCUAACCCAGAUGGCACGGCUGUAUCUCCAGAAGAUGCUCCAAAGCAGAUUAUUCACUGGUCUCAGUGCAAAGCAGCAGGAGGAAAUGGGGAAGACUUGGGAUUUGAAAGGCAUUCUGCUGCUAAAUCAGACCACAUGAAAGAGAAUAGAAUUGGAGAUCCCACUAAUCAAAGGAGUAAUAAAAAACUUCAGCCAGAUAAUUUGGCAUUCAGCAGAAGCCAUAUUCAAGCCAGUGGUGGCAAAGGUCCAGCUAAAUUGGGUUCCAGCGAUCAAAAGGACAGGCUGAAGGACAUAUCCAGAGAGUGCGCCCAGAAAGCUGCUGAUAUGAGAAGCUUCUCAUCUUUACGGAAAGAGGCAGACAGAGGACCAAUAAAAGAGUCUGGAAGACAAAGAGAUUUGACUGGAGAAGAUCGUCCCAAUGUGAAAUCGGGAUCUCCUCCAGUUGGAAAUGGAUUUAGACAUUGUGCUGACCAGAGAAUAUACAGCAGCCAGGGAAAAGGCCCCUAUAAACAUGACAAUGCAGCUCACCAAGCAAAGCUCUCUGUACCAGUGCUUGGACCAAACAGAACAGAAGCUUUUCCUUCUGGGGAGAAACCAGUGAUCAGGACCCGGACUGAUGGUGUCACUGGCUACGAUACAGACACCAGUCAAGACUCUAGGGACAAAGGAAGUAUCAGCAGCAGAAGCAGAAGUAAAGGUUGGAAACCUAUGCGAGAAACACUAAAUGUAGACAGCAUUUUUAGUGAGAAUGAGAAAAAAGAGCAUAGCCCAAAGCACAAGGCAAAUCCAAACAGUAAAUCUAAGCAUGAAAAGGAGCGAAGCUUUAGCCAUUGGCCAAAAGAGAACCAAAUCCAGAAAGGUUUAAUGACUAUAUAUGAAGAUGAAACGAAACAGGAUACAGGAAGUCGAAGUUCACUGGAUUCAGAGGGAAAAGGGAAUGUUGAAAAAAGCAAAGGGUUUGCAGAGAGAAAAAUCCAUGGUGAUAACUGGCAGAUACAGAGGACUGAAUCUGGAUAUGAAAGCAGUGAUCAUAUCAGCAAUGGAUCAGCAAAUCCAGACUCACCUGUUAUUGAAGGAACCAAUUCAGCAGAUGUCAAGAAUGUUAAAGAAAGUGCUUCUUGCAGUGAACAGAACUUGUCAUCCAAAAAAGCUGACAGUGUGUUACACUCAGUAUCCCAGCAGAACAGAAACAUCUAUGACUUCAGGAAAGACCAGAUCAGUUCAGAAAUUAACUACAGACCUCAUGUUACUUUCCCGACAGAAGUACAAUUGCAGGUACCCAGUCCUCCAGUAAAGAGAGUUGAAAUGCCCGAGACCACUAGGAAGCUUCUCCCAUCAUCAGCUCUACAGCCAGUCCUUAAAGAGAUUAUUAAGUCAGAAAGUAGGAGCAAGGCACAUGAACAGAAUUCAUCAGAGUGGCUUAAUCCAGACAAGUUUGAGAAGGUGAAUGUGUCAGUAUAUAGUGCCGAGGGUGUAUCCCACCCCUAUGCAGAAAACGCCUGUGGAAGGAAGCUGACCAGCAGUGACUUGCACUCCUCUUCCAGGCCCCAGUCUCAUCACAUGAGAACGUUUGGUCCCAAGGUGGGGUUGUCCCCUUGUGCACCACAGAACCCAUCAGAAAGGCCUGUGGUGCUUCUGCCCCCCGCUGAGCAUGCCGGGCACCCGCCCCGAAGGGCGGAUGCUCUUUGGGUGCCUGAAGCAGCCUACCAGAACCUUCCUCCCCCGUUACCACCGAAGAAGUACGCCCUGCACGCUCUGCCCGGCGCAGAAGGUACCGCGGCAGCCGAUACGAGACCGCCAGAGGUGUUGCCCAGCAACCCCCUGAGGCAGGCAGGUCUCCCUGCCAGACCUGCGCCAGAGGCAGGCGUGCUCACCGACGAACAGAGGCCGAAGGAGCCGUUUCAAGGGAACGAGCUGUUUGCUCACAAACCAGAGUCUUCACCUCGUGUAUCAGUUAAUGACUUUUGGACUGUGUCUGAAAACUUUUUAAAGAAAGGAUCUCGUCCCAUGGGACCAAGGGCUGGCUAUGUGGAUGGAAAUGAUAGUGUAUCCCUAACGACUUAUUUUUCAGUAGAUAGUUGUAUGACUGACACAUACAGGAUGAAGUAUCAUCAGAGACCCAAGCUGUAUUUUACAGACAGUGGAAGCUUUCACAAAGAAAAACAUCCUCCACCAGCUGGAGUAGAACUGAAUGCUACAUACCAUGCUACUCUUGAGCCCAGGCAUCCCACGUCUGAGCAAAGGUACAAGGCAAAUAUAGAAGGCAUCCACUGCAGUAGAUAG